CAUUUCUUUUUCCCCAAAACCAAACCCUAAAACACAAAUACAAUUUAACUCAAAUCCGAAAAAUUCUUUCGAUUCCUUCAAGGGAACAAUCCAAUUUGCGAUCGGCGACUUCAUAAGUUGAAGCAUUUCUUCAAUUUUCAGAAAAACGUUAUCGGGUUUGAGCUGAGUUACAAAUCAUGAGGUUUAAAAGGGGAAGCAAAGUUGAGGUAAUGAACAUGAAGCAGUCACCUGCAUUACAGCGUCGUGCAGAGAUUCUCUCUGAUAAUGAGCAUAUGUACACUGUAAGGUAUGAUUACUAUCCUGGAAUGGAAAGUAAGGGGAGGACUGAGAGGGUGUCAAGAAAGAAUAUCAGAUCUUGUACACCAUGUGUGGAGGGUUUGGAAAAUCAGGAAACUGGUCAGGUUGUGGAGGUAUUUGACGAAUCAUCUUGGAAGAUGGCUACAAUUGUGAAGGUUCUGGAUAGUGACUACUAUUUGGUACGCCAAACUGGAUGCCUGAAGGAGCUUUGUGUGCACAGAUCAAACACGAGAGUGGUACAAUGUUGGCAAGAUGAGGAACGGGACUUGAUAAGGAAGGGAUCUGAACUGUGUAGAAGAUCUGACCAACUAUCAGCUUUAAAACCUUCUAAAAAGGUGAGCAAGGUCCUGUCUUUUAGUGCAAGGAGUAGAUUUCAUGCUGGGGAUGAUCAUUUAGCUUCUCAGGAGUGUACUGAGUUGCGGAAGUCUCAUAUUAGCUCUUCGUUAUUGCUGAAUAGGGUAUCCCAAGUUGCCUUCUCUAAAAAUGAAACAUCUAGAAACAUUCAGGAUUUAGCGGCAACUGAGAGAGCUUUUAAGAGACGGAGGGUGGUCCCAGCUUCCUUAAAGGGACAGGUCAAUGUUAAUGCCAAGUGCAAAGAGAAUAUAAUGGCUGAGAAGUAUGUGCAUGAUUCAUUGAACGAUGUAUCUGAUGGAUAUUGUGCAUUGGAGCAAACCAAAAGAAGUGGUUCUGUUGGCUAUUUCCUUACCAGAAGUACAGAAUCUAGUGAUGCCUGUUCCGUUGGUAGUUGUAGUAUCAACGAAAAAUUUUCCAACUUAUCCCCAGAAGAAGUCUAUUGUCAAGGAACUGAGCUUCUUUGCAGUGAUGCAGAGUCUUUUUAUGAUUCUGCAGAUAAGGAGGAAAGACACUCUCUUUCUUCACCAGUGAAAAUAGCAGCAAGUAUUCAUAGUUUGGAGUUACAUGCUUAUCACUGCACUUUAGAGGCAUUAUAUGCGUCCGGUCCUUUAAGUUGGGACCAAGAAGCAUUGUUAACUAAUCUUCGCAUCUCGCUCCAUAUUUCAAAUGAUGAACAUUUAGCAGAGCUGAAGACUUUAAUUUCUGCUGGAACUGGUACUCAUGGCAACAGUUGGAUGUAUACAUCCUUUGCCUCCAAAAGUCAAAAGAUGAUGCUUGCAUUUGCAGCACCUCUCCUGGCAUUAUAUGGAGGACUCCUACAACAACUGUCCACAGAUAAGACAAUUCAUGGCUUUUGUUGUUAUUACUAUAAAGCUUCAUGAUUUGUUUUGUCUGGAUAACUUCAACAUUGGCAUGUUUUAUCCUGAAAAGUAAAGUAAUCAAAUGCAACUAUUUGUGUAUAAGGUCUUAUAAUAUCCUGUAUCUAUGUUUAUGGAUCCUCUGAUUGCAUA